AGCGCGCCCGUUCCGCUCGCGAUAUUCCCCAUCCCCGCGCUGGACGGCCCCAGACUUCACGCCGAGUCGCUGUGCUGCCUUUCUGUGUGGAAUCGCGGAGUAUUGCGCGUUCUUGGGUUGGGUGUCGCGCGUAUAUAUACCAUCCGCACGUAGCGCAGUGCCGUGCGUGUGUCACGCGCGCUGCCGUUGUCGCGGGGGAAAGGAAAGAAGAGUGCGGUGCAAUUGUUCGUGCCGAUAUAAUACGCGAGGUUGAGGCGAGGUGGUAUGAUGGUCUGAUCGCGGUCUCAACAUGACCGUGGAUUUUGUCGACUACUUUUGGGGCGAAAAGAAUAAUGGAUUUGACGUGUUGUAUCAUAACAUGAAGCAUGGUGUAAUUGCCAGUAAGGAGUUGGCUGAAUUUUUGCGAGAAAGAUCAGCCAUAGAGGAAAACAAUUAUAAACUCCUUAGUAAGGUAGCGAAACAAGCGAGCAAUAGCACGCAAGGGACAUUCGCACCUGUCUGGGCCGCUCUGAGAGGAGCCGCUGAAAAACUCGCCGUUUUACACUUUCAAAUGGCCCAGCGGGUGUCCGAACUCAUAAAAGAUGUGUCAAAAUAUGCCGACGAACUGCACAAGAAACAUAAGGCUGUGAAGGAAGAAGAAUCGUCUACUUUAGAAGUUGUACAAAGUAUACAAAGCAUUACGGUAACGUUACAUAAGGCGAAAGACAUGUGUAUGCAAAAACGUCUCGAAUUAGAAAAAUUAAGGAAGGACAAUGCCAGUCAAAAGGAGCUGGAGAAGGCAGAGGGCAAGUUCAAAAAGGCACAAGAUGAUUAUAGGGCGCUGGUGGACAAAUACACGGUCAUACGAAACGACUUCGAGGCAAAAAUGACUCAAGCUUGCAGGCGGUUCCAAGAUGUGGAAGAGACGCAUCUGAAGCACAUGAAGGAAUUUCUGAAUACGUACGCUGAUGUUUUGCAAACCAAUCACGAGCAAGUCGGCCAGGUUCAUAUCGACUUCAAACGGCAAUGCGUCGAUAUGACGGUGGAGAAGUUAUUAGAGCAAUUCGUUCAGAGCAAAUAUACGGGUUUCGAAAAACCAGGUGUAAUUGAGUAUGAGGAAGUUAUGACGAGUUUAGCGGAAAUGACCAGCCAUUCUCAAUCAGAAGGCAGCGGCGUAGAGACACCUAAGGAAACGUCGAAGAGCACCAACGGCGAAACAGGCGUAGCUGGUAACAGUCACAGUUCAAAGAAAGAUCAGGGAUUAAAGGGGGAGGGUAGUACUUUGAGGGUACUGGACGGGGAAAGGGGGAGGGUGAUAUUGGAAAAGGAUAGAGAAAAAGAAAGACAGAAGGAAAAGGACAGAGAACUGUCAUAUGCACAAACCACCAAGGCUUCCCGUCGUACUACCUCGCUACUCAACCUGUUCAUGUCCAACUCCCAUGGGUUUCUACGCAGUAGGAGAGAAAAACGAAAGGAGAAGAAGGCGAAGAAGAAGAAGGACCUCGUGGACACAAGCAGCAAUAAAGAAGAAAAGUCUGACCUGGAGGAUAAAGAAGAUAGCAGAAAGUCAGAAACGCCGACGCCGGAGGUGGACGAGGAUGGUUUUUGUAUUAGACCGAAGCCGGAUCCGUGGGAAAACGAAAAAGGAUUUUAUUCCAGUUCGGAUACUGAUUCGGAAGAUGAGAGGGAACGUAAGAUUCGAGUGGAAAUAAAGCCUCUCAGCAAUGGUGGUGCACCCAUGAGCGCUAGUGUAGACGAAUUGAGGGCGACAGUGGAAAAUUUAUCUUUAUCACCUGCACCAACAGGACGUAGAGGAUCGAAUACUGAUUCCGAUCAUCAUAUGAAAAGGUCUCAGUCAGUGUCACAGCAAUUAGGAGGUAAGCCAAGCUCAGAUUUACUUGGCCUAAACUUGUUCAAUCCUAGCAGUACCCCGUCGAGCGCGUCGACACCGACCGGUAGCCACCCUUACGCCCCACUGCAGAGCCCACCACCACUUUCUACAUCGCCGAUCCCGUCGCAGCCGCCGCCGCCACAAUCUGCGCCGCCUACACAUUCUCAUACCCGAUUUCCAGAUGGAGAUUUAUUUUCGGAAGUUGGAGAUAUCACACCGGCCUUGCCACCCAAGCAAUCCGCGUCCUCGACACCGACGGGAUCGAUAGUAAUACCGAGACCGCCAUCGCGUCGAGGAGAAGGUCCAUCACCACGCGGUAGGAUGUCACCUGCGACAAUAUCUCGAGCUGAUAGUGUCGCUAGUUUAGAAUUUCGCACUGCUGGUGUGGGCGUGGGAUCCUCGCGGGGACCAUCUCCACUUACGAUCGGCCUAGCGGACACCAUUCCGCUGGCAGUCGCUUUCCAUGAAAUAGUGCAUUCCUAUUUCCGUGGCACGGACGAAACCCGAUGUCAAGUAAAGUUAAGCGGUGAUAUGAUGCUCUCGUUUCCGGCUGGCAUCGUCACAGUCCUAGCGAAUAAUCCCAGUCCUGCCAAGCUGACUUUCCGCGUGAGGAACACCAAUAGGUUGGAAAGACUGUUGCCCAACAGCCAACUUAUAAGCAUGGACGCAACUCAAACUACCGUCGAUAGUACAAUCUUCGAAUUCAACAUGAGUGCCUUAACUAUGUUGCUUCGGCGACAAGCUGAACAGAAUCCCUCGGCCUCGUAUUUCAAUGUAGACAUUCUCAAAUAUCAGAUCAAAUGCAAGGAAGGUGCUGGAUCAUGUCCUUUUCAAUUAGUCGCAUAUUGGAAAUGUGAAACGACCCACACCGAUCUCAAGAUUGAUUAUAAAUAUAACAGUCGCGCCAUGGCCUCGCCGAGCCCUCUACUGAAUCUUCACGUUGCUGCGCCUAUCGACGGCGGUUUUAAGUCGUUUAAUAGUAAACCGCCGGCACAGUGGCUGCCCGAUACGAAUCGCGUAUUAUGGAAAUUUACAGAGCUUUCGCAACACAGCGAGAGUAACGGAGUCGGAUCCUUGAAGGCGCGAGUCGAGCUCGAACGCGGCCCGGGUAAUCAGGGCACGAUAUUCACACAGUUCAAUUGCGAAGGGACCACAUUGUCGGGUGUCGAAUUUGAGCUUAUAGGAUCUGGGUAUCGGUUGAGCUUGGUGAAACGAAAAUUUGUGUCUGGAAAAUACAUAUGCGACGGGGACUCAGAUUCGCGUUCGAGGUACGCCGCACCGCCAUCUAAUUCAGAUUGACGACUUCCAGAAUGGGCGCCUCAAUGGGAGAGCCAGCCCAUUUAAUAUUGGUACUUGCUUAAUCAUUCACUGCCCAUAUCACGACUAUCGAUCGUUCAUAUUCCGAUUAUGCAUGGAGAAACCUGUUGGAUACCAAAGUGUGCAUCGGCCGAAGAUUAAAUGGAUCUUUUUGUAAAAAUCAUAUACUGAAAAAAAAUAGAUAGAGAAAUUAGAAAAGGCGUCUUACAGCCGAAGUGAUACGCCUCUUCCCGUAAAACAAACGUGAUCCACGUUCUCUCUGCACGUUCAACGCCGAAGUCUUUCAAGUCUUCAUUUAUAUUAAGCCAUACUAUAUUUUAUCUCGAUGGGAACAUACGAUUACAUACAAUAGGAAAUUUAGACAUAAGACGACGCGUUCGACGCUAAAUGUACUGCUAUUAAGUGCAAGCUAAUCUUUUAUGACUUCGCGACUAGAACGAACAGGUAGAAAAAAAAAUCUGACGUGAUGCAGGACACACUAUGACGAAUGUGCAUUCUAUGUGUUUUAUAUACAACUUGUAUAUUUUUUAAUUUUUUAUAUAUUCCUCGCAUCAAGGUACUACUGUACUACUGUAAACUAACAAUACUACUGUUUUAACGAAGUUUCUACGAUAGAGUAUGACAAAUAUACGAGCAGUUUUUUCUGUCGAAUGAGAGAUUCUCGCGUGAAGAUCUUUGGUGUCCAGCAUACUCUCCGACACGAUAACUCUUCCGCCAUUAAAAAAUUUCUCUCUUAAACAUAAUCAAAAUACAUCGCGACGUUUUUUUUUAUUUUAAUCCUCUAUUGAAAGGAUAUACAACGCUCUUUAUUGUUACGUUUUACGUUAUUUUAAUGCGAUAGCAUUAUAUAUUGUUAAUAACCAUGCGGAAGGAGAAAAAAUAUAA